CUUUAUUUUGUACCAAAUCAUAUUUAAUUACUCUUGAGCAAAUUUUGAAUUAAUUAUACAGUAUUAAAAUAUUAAAGAUGUUUCUGGGAUGAUUGCAAAAUUAGUAAAACUGAGAAUUGCUUGUUUUAUUCUCUAAAUUCAAAUGGUUUAAUUCAUUUUGAUUAGUGAUGUACUAUUUAACACCGUAUUUAACAUUUCAUGUUGUAUGCAUACAUACAAUUGUAUAUACCUCUUGGAAUCUGAUGUCGAGUAAUGUCAAAUAAAUCUUUAUACCAAGAAGAAGUCAUGUCACGCGGUCUUUAAGUUUGAAAAGAAAUAAUUAUCAAAUACUUAUUUCGUAAACGUAUAAUAUAAACUAAUUUACAUUUAACUUUGACCAUAAAUAACUAUGCUAAGGAUGUUAAGCAUACCUCCAAGUUCUUAUUUAAAUCAAUUUGGAUUACAAAAGUAUUCAAAAUAUUACAACUUUUGUUUGAAAAGAAAUAUUACAUCUAGUACUAUAAAAUAUAAAGCAGGUUUAAUUGAAAAUGAAGUUAAUAAAUUUCAAGAAGGACAAGUUAUUCAUGGUUUUAUCGUGGAUAAAAUUGCAAUGGUGGAUGAAGUGCAUCUAAAUGCAAUAGAAUUGACUCAUUUGGGUACUGGGGCACAAUAUUUACAUUUAGCAAGAGACGAUAGCAACAAUGUAUUUUCAAUUGCAUUUCGUACACCUCCAAAAGAUUCUACAGGAGUACCUCACAUUUUGGAACAUAUUACCCUUUGUGGUAGUAAAAGGUAUCCAUGUAGAGAUCCAUUCUUCAAAAUGCUAAGAAGAUCAUUAGCUACUUUUAUGAAUGCUAUGACAGGACCUGAUUACACUGUAUAUCCAUUUUCUACACAAAACUCAAAAGAUUAUAGAAAUCUACAAUCUGUAUACUUAGAUUCAGUAUUUAAACCGCUUUUGAAAGAACUUGAUUUUAAACAAGAAGGCUGGAGAUUAGAACAUGAAGAUGUUCAUGAUAAAAAUUCACCUAUCAUUUUUAAAGGAGUAGUUUUCAACGAAAUGAAAGGUGUUUUCAAUGAAAAUCAAACGAUAUUUGCCGAACAAUUAUUGAAUAAAAUUCUACCUAGUCAUACCUAUUCUGUAAUUUCUGGAGGAGAUCCUCUUGUUAUUCCUACUUUAAGAUACACUGAUCUGUUAAAUUUUCAUCAAACUCAUUAUCAUCCUUCUAAUUCACGAUUCUACUCAUAUGGUAACUUUCCCUUAGACGAUCAUUUGAAAUUUGUUAAUGAGCAAUACUUGUUUCUAGUAGAUAAGAUUGACACUUCUGCAUCAGAGGUUCCUUCAGAAAAACGUUGGGAUAAACCAAGAAAAGAACACGUUGUGUGUAAACCAGAUCCCAUGAUUGCAGAUCCUAAUCGACAAGGCAGCAUAGCUAUUGGUUUCUUAUGUAAUGACAUAACAGACAUACAGAAAAAUUUUGAAAUGCAUAUUUUAUCUCAACUUCUUUUGAAAGGUCCAAAUUCAUCGUUUUAUAAAUCCUUAGUAGAGUCAAAUAUAGGAAUUGCUUUUGGUCCGAUGACAGGCUUCGAUUCUCAGUGUAAAGAUACAAUAUUUAUUGUAAGUUUACUUGGUGUCAAAGCAGAUGAUUUUGAGAAGGUAGAAAAUAUAUUUAACGAAACUGUACAGAAAGUUAUUAAGGAGGAAUUUAGUAAGGAUCACGUUGAAUCUAUUUUACAUAGUAUUGAACUUCAAACAAAACAUCAAACUUCUAGUUUUGGAUUACAAUUACUUUUUAAUUUAACACCAUUAUGGAAUCAUAAUGGAGAUCUCAUAAAAUCAAUAAGAAUCAAUGAAGCAAUUAGAAAAUUUAAAGAAAAAAUGAAUAAUAAUCCCAAAUAUCUUCAAGAAUUAGUGAAGACAUAUUUAAUGGAUAAUACUCAUAAAUUAACAUUGACAAUGUUGCCAUAUGAACAAUACGAUCAUGAUAAAGCAGUUGCAGAACGUAAAUUGUUAGAGUCGAAAUUAAAAGAACUUUCUAUGGAAGAAUUAGAACAAAUUUAUAUCGAUGGACAAAUUUUACUUCAAGAACAACAAAAACAAGUAGAUGUAAAUGUUCUUCCUACUUUGAAAAUAGAAGAUAUAAAAGUCGAUGUAGAACGUUACAAAUUAAUGGAUACAAAAGUAGUUGAUGUUCCUUUACAAGUAGCUACUGAGCCAACAAAUGGUGUAUGUUAUUACCGAGGAAUACUUAAUACACAAAACUUGGAACCUGAAUUAAAAAGUUUAUUACCACUUUUCAACAAUAUUAUUUCAAAAAUGGGUACAAAAAAUUAUGAUUACAGAAACUUUGAUCAGUUAAUACGACUAAAAACUGGAGGCUUAAAUUUUAUGAAUCACAUUGUAGAACAUAAGAAUAAUUUAUUGCAAUACGAAGAAGGGGUACUAAUAGAAUCUUAUUGUUUAGAUCAUAAUAUAAACGAUAUGUGGAAAUUAUGGUUAGAAUUGUUUAAUAAUGUCAAACUGUCUGAAAUUGAAAGAUUUAAGACGCUUGUUAAAAUCAAUGCUGCAGAUCUGAUUAAUGGAAUUGCAGAUUUAGGACACACAUAUGCAAUGAGUAGUGCAGCCAGUUUGGUUUCUCCAGUUAUGAAAUUCAAAGAAAAUUUGUCAGGAAUGGAAUAUGUCUUGAAUAUGAAAAGAAUAGCACAAAUACAAGACUUAAGUCCUGUAUUAAAUGAAAUGCAAAAGAUAUCUAAUUAUGUCUUAAAUAAACAAUACUUGAGGUCAGCAAUAAAUUUAUGUGAAAAUAGUAAAGACAAGAUAUUAGAAAGUGUUAAUGAAUUUUAUAGUUCAUUAAAGGGUGUACCUAAACAUAUAUAUUCUUCCGCAUGUAAUGAAAAUAUCGAAAUAGGUGAUAAUGCUAUUCACUAUGUACUACCAUAUACAGUAAAUUAUACAGCUAAAACAAUUUUCACUGUACCGUAUGCCCAUCCAGAUUUUGCACCUCUACAAGUACUUGCUAAAUUGAUUACAUCGCUUUAUUUACAUCCAGAAAUUCGAGAGAAAGGUGGAGCAUAUGGUGGUGGUGCUAUGCUAUCGUCAGAUGGAAUCUUUGCAUUUUAUUCUUACAGAGAUCCUAAUUCCACUCGGACUUUAGAUCUGUUUGAUAAAACUUAUGACUUUUUGUCAAAACAAUCAUUAAAUCAAAGUGAUAUCAAUGAAGCAAAAUUAGGAAUAUUCCAACGUGUGGAUGCACCAGUUUCUCCAAGUAAUCGUGGAAUGAUUAAAUUUAAGUAUAACAUAACAGAUAAUGACAUUCAAGAACAAAGACAACGAUUAAAAGGUGUAACUAAAGAGCAACUGAUGUAUGUUGCUGAAAAAUAUUUACAGCCUAAUCAAAAAAACAUUAGAGUAGGACGUGCAUUGAUUGGACCUAUUAAUCAGGAUUUAUUUAAUAGACAUUCAGAAAAUUGGAGAAUUGAGAAUCAGGAAGAAGAAACUCAAACAAGAGCAGCUGAAUAAAAUUUGUAAUAAAAACAUUAUUGACAUGUUUAUAUGCACGUACAUAUGAAUGUAUGUUUUAUACAUGUUUGUUUAUGUAAUUAAAUAAUUUAAGAUUUAUGUAGUUUUUGUGUAAUAAA